GUUUUUAACUAAAGAACAUUCGAAAAUGAAUAUUCUAUUCAUUUCCAAUUUCAUUCAAAAAUUUACCUUUUCUAUUUAUAGAUUCUAAUGUAAAAUGUCUACAGUAGUUUUUUUUAUUCUUCAAGAUUUGCACCUGUUGCUGUUGGUCAGUUUUUCUCACUUGCAGAAAGUAAAAAAUAAGCAUAUAUUAUACCUUUCAUCAUCAUCAUGAAUCAUCAUGAUUCCACAACAAGAGAGAGAGAGAGAGAGAGAGAGAGAGAGAUAAAGUUGCAAUAUUUUGCAAGCAAGAAUCUAACUCUAAAGCUCAACAUAUUCAAACAUUCAACAACACACACAUACACACAUUCUGAGGUGUAGAAGUUGGAAAAAAGAUUCAGAGAGAGAGAGAGAGAGAGAGAGGGUAGCUAGAUUACGAAGGAAAGAAGCAUGCUGUUAUUCUACACUAAGAAAGAGGAUGGCUAGAGAGCUAGAGAGAGAAAGCUGCUCACAUUCUUACAUGUGUAUGAGAGAGAGAGAAAGAGAGAGAUUUAGAUAGUUGGUGCAGUUGUCUUGGAAGGCUUCUGAAGGUUGGAGAAAAUAGUUUUUAAGAGUUUAGACAAUGGAAAAAUGAAACUUUGAUUAUGAACUAGAGACGCAUCACAAAUCUCUGUCUGGAUUUGACUACAAAUACUAGAAUUCGGGAGAAACAGUAAUGCUGAGAACAUGGGAAAGAAGGGAAGCUGGUUUUCGACAAUCAAGAGAGUUUUCGUGCACGAAUCAAAGGACAAGCCAUCAUCCUAUGGAUCAGAUAAGAGAAGCAGCAAGGAGAAGAAGGCAAGUAAAGGGAUUUUACAUCAUGGUGAAGCAAAAUCGUUCCUUCCUCGAUUCAAAGAGCCGAGCAGCAUCGAGAAGAUAUUAGGGGAGGCGGAUCAACUGCUCGUGAGGCCGCCUCCGGCAUCUUCAGCGGAGACAAGGGUCCCACCGGCCUCACUCUGGAGGCCGGCCUCUCCAACGACCGCUCCUUAUGGGGCUACUUCCCCUAAUGCUGCUUCCCAAAGAGUUUCUUCGACUAGGUUUACUUCCCUGAGGACCACUCUUCCCCCGGCCCUGACUCCUGAGGCGAAUCAGAGUCGAUGGGAAGUUAGGUAUGUGCAGAGGCCGGAGAUGAGCAUGAGGAACCAACACCGGUCGGCGACUAUGAUCCAAUCUACAUUCAGAGGCUACUUGGCGAGGCGGAAUUUCCGAGCUCUGAGAGGCCUAGUGAGGCUUCAAGGAGUGGUAAGGAGCACAAAUGCGAAGAGACAGACGAUGAAUGCCAUGAAACAAAUGCAACUUCUUGUCCGAAUCCAGACACAAAUCCAGUCGAGACGCGUACAAAUGCUCGAAAACCAGGCAAUCCAGCAUCAAGCAUAUAGGAACAACAAAGAAUUGGAGAGUAAUAACUUGAGCAAAUGGAGUUUGAACCAAUUGCAUGAAGCAGGCGAUAGCGACGACUGGGAUGAUAGUGUGCUAACAAAAGAGGAAAUAGAAGGAAGGUUGAGAAAGAAAGUUGAAGCAGUGAUGAAGAGAGAGAGAGCCAUGGCCUAUGCAUAUUCUCAUCGGUCGUGGAAGGCUCAAUCAUCUCAUGGAGCCCCAGACAUCCGGUCCAACGGGCUCCCCUGGUGGUGGAAUUGGCUAGAACGUCAGCUCCCGCCACCACCAACAACCGCAAUGACUAAAGAUGUCAUUGUGACGCCCCCUAGGCCCGUCUCGGAGCACAGGACUAGGCCUAGGGCGAGGAGCAAGCGCGGGAACUUCACUACAGAGAGUCAUGAGAUUGUCACUCCACUAUCAACUAGGUCUACAAACCCUACUAAGGUAAAACCCUACUUCCCGGCACCGACCAAAACUCUGCCACCGGCAACCUACGACCACUUUCCACUUAGAGGCGAAAAUGACGACGGAUUCUCCGUUCCAAACUACAUGACACCAACUGCCUCGGCUAAGGCCAAGGCGAGGGCAAGCAGUAAUCCGAAGGAGAGGGUUUUGGAAACUCCGGCCAACGAGUCGAAGAGGCGGUUUUCGUUCUCCUUGACGUCGAAUAUGAUCGGCUCUUUCAAGUGGAAUAGAGGAUCUGCGGAAGAUGGCGGUGCGGCCACGCAAAAGGCGCCGGAUAAACAUACUUCUUCGCAUUUUAGGGGAGAUUUGAGCGUGGAUUCGACGGUGUCGAUGCCGGCGGCGGUUGGGAGGAGGCCUUUCAAUAGAUUUGUGUGAUGGAAUUUGUGUGUUUUCUUUUGGGGGAUUUGUUAAUUUGUGUAUUUUGUGAGAGUGUUUUUAUUUUUCCAUACUUGUUUGAGUGUGCAUGCAUGAGAGUAUUGUUAAUAUGCAACCAUGUGAAAUAAUGGAGAGAUUUCAACGAUUUGUUAUCA